AUGGCGAACUACUCGGGGGAUGGCCUCCUGUACUAUGAAGGUGCGGCAGAGGAAGACCCAGUUCUUACCUUCGCCUUCCACACUCCGAGCCACAAGCUGGUACUCGAUGUAGCUGAGGAGCGAAACCGCGCCCGAGCCGGCUCCGACAAAGUGGCGGGCUUCCGGCAGCGCUAUGAGAAGGAGGUUGCAGCAGCCAAGAGCAAGUACGCGGGCAUAGAGCCAGAAUUUAGCGACGAUGACAUGAAUGCGACCAUCACGGAAGAAGAUCGCAAGCGUGGCUGGGAAUACCCGUUGACCAAGACGCAGCAGAAGAGAGAAUUUGGGUGCGUCCCCGCUGAUCAGCAGCGUUUCCUUUGGCGAUUGCAGGAUGGCCACCUGGAUGUGGUGGAGGAUUAUCUGCACAAUCCCAAGAUGCGCAAAGCCGUAGACAUCAACCGGUACGACGAGAUGGGCUUGACGCCCUUGCAUCAUGCAGCGCGCCUCGGCCAUGCAGACAUCGUCCGGGCUCUCAUCGAGGGCAAGGCUGACCCACUGCUGCGAGACCGCGGCCAGGGCCUCACUGCCCUGGACUUCGCCCAGCGCGGUCGAGACUGGGACGCGGGGCCCAACGAAGAGGCAAUCAAGGCGAUCCAGCUCUUCGAGCCCUGA